UUAAUUUCACUUAUAAAAAGGGACGAUUUACAAAUGAGAGAAAUAGAAGUAUGGGAACAUGUAUUAAAAUGGGGUCUUGCGCAAAAUCCAACUCUUGUUCCAGACCCUGACACUUGGACGGAUGAUGAUUUCAUCUUGAUGAAAAAUACUUUACAACAAUGUUUAUCUUUCAUCAGACUUUUUUCUUUGUCAUCCAAAGAAUUAGUACAAAAAGUUCGUCCAUAUAAGAAACUUCUAAAUCACCAACUUUAUGAGGACUUAGUAAAUUCCUAUAUGGAUCCUGAUAUCAAACCAGCUGAAAACAUUUUACUUCCAAGAAACAUAGUGACAGACGAAAUUAUUGAUUCAAAAAUUGUUAAUUUAAAUAUUGCUUCAAUUAUUUUAAGGUGGAUUGAUAAAGUGGAUCUUAAUUAUAAAUUUUCUCAUUUAAGAGGAGUAUAUUUACCAUUACCAUACGAAUUUAAAUUAUUGUUAAGAGGAAGCCGAGAUGGAUUUACUCCAAAAAGAUUUCAUGAACUAUGUGAUGGAAAAUCUGAUACUAUCACAUUUAUUAAAGUGAAAGAUUCAGAAGAAAUUAUUGGUGGUUAUAACCCUUUAAAAUGGGAAUCUUCUGAUAAUAUGGGCGUAACUAUUGGCAGUUUUAUUUUUUCUUUUAAAAAUAAAAAUAAUUGUAAAGAUGCAAUUAUUAGUAAUAUAGAAAAUACAACGAUUUCAUUCUAUUUUAACCCUUUACGUGGUCCAUCUUUUGGUGAUUAUGAUAAAUUUAUUGUGACAGGUUUACUCUGA